AUGACAGGGGUGUCUGCUGACCAGUCCUACUACUCUCCACAGUCAGAGGAUCUACAGAUGUUCCUGAAUGAACAUAUAAUGUUGCAAACAUCGUAUCAACAGUCACAACCACCGCUACAGAACCAGUUCUCACACAACACAAACCCUUACCUUCACGCAGGACUCACCAACUCUGUAUACCAACCUCCGCAGCAGUACAAUCCCUUCUACCCUCCACCACAGACCUACUACCCUCCACCCAACCCCUACUAUCCCCAUCCUCCACCACUCUACCCACACUACUAUCGUGGCCAACGUACUUCUAGGGAUUUUGACAUUCGAGGUCAGCUGGACAGUCUGACAGCCAAAAUGACUGGGAAAGUGCGAAAUGUUACUUGUGUCAUGCAGGAACUUGGAUAUUUGGAUGAAAACCUUGAACCUGCCUACAACAAGAUGAUUGAGAGGAUCAGCCGUCUGCCGAUACCUGACGAUCUCAAGCGAGACAUGACAGACGGUGUCGAAUUCUGCAGGCAAUUUGCGCAAUGUGUGCCAGAUGAGCGCAAAGACAAACUAGCCAGAGAAAUGGUUCGGCCAAUAUUUUUCUUCAGAUGCUACAAGCAUAAAAAAUUAGAAGCCUGCAUCAUGAAGGAUGUACGAGACAAGUAUAACCCUUCAGAAGAAAUGGGAGAGGACAACUUGCCAGGAGGGGAGAUGAGGUCACUCAAGAAUAAGAAGAGGAAGAAUUUAGAUGAGGAUGAUGCUGCUGCAGCCGCAGCUCUCGAGUUUCUAGAAGCAGAAAAGUCGUUUGACCUAGAUGCCAUACUUUAAUGUGAAACGUGACCUCAUACUUUCUUCCCUAUUUAAACUCAAACUUUGUUAAAGCUGUGUAAUUAUCCUUCAAAUCAGAACCAUGUGUUACAGUUUGUUGUUUGUUGCCAGUAGUACAAUUUUUGUUAUUCUUGCUCAGAAUAAGAAAAAUUAUCAUCUUAAACUGCUAAACAACACACACUAUUCUAGUCAAAUCCAAAAUGUAAAAUAAUAUGAAUAAGAAUUUAAUUCAUAGCUACACAGUGCUUCUGAGACCAGAUGGAAUUCAAGUAUAAAAUGUGUUUUAGGGUUAACAUUUCGUAUUAGCUACCACUGCAUAAAAAUAGGCACAAAAAGUAUAGAUCACCAAUUUAUUUAAUGAUGAUUUAUAGACAGAAAAUAUGAGAUAAAUCUAUUAGUCUCUGUAUUAAUAUAUAUAAUUUAUCAAUUUUCUAUUAAUGAUACUGAUAUCAUAUAAAAUAAUAUUUAAAGGUGUGUAAAUUUCACUCCUUGAAAUGUAUUUGAAGUAUAUUUCUAAUUUAAGUAUUUAUUUGAAGGAUUCUUGCACGACUUUAUAUUCUUUCAUAACUGGGAUGUGAAUUGCAAUAAUACUGCAAAAGUUGGAACAUGUGCAAUAUGAUUUGUAAAAUUGUGAUGAUGUAAUAAUCGUUCAAUAGUAUUUAUUUUAGUCAACUUGUAAGCAAGUAGUUUUGUGUUAAGUAUCCAUUUUCAUCUCACUGAUAUUUAUUUAUUAUUUAUUUGUGUUGCAAACUUGUGUCAUGUAACAACUACAAACAUCUGUGAUUUUCUAACAGACUUACUGUGAAAAAGUUGUUAGUCUACUGUCCAACAUUUUUAUUUAUUAAACUAUUUUCUUUUCCUUACA